AUGGACGCGCUCACAGACUGGGCCAGACCAAGCAGGUCACCGUCUAUCGUCUCAUCACGCGUGGCACGAUCGAGGAGCGGAUUCGCAAGCGCGCGCUGCAGAAGGAGGAGGUGCAGCGCGUCGUCAUCCAGGGUGGUUGGUGCCAGUGUCGAUUUCUUCGGGCCGUCGUGCGCCGGAGAACCGCCAACCGCGAUAAUCGCCAUGUGGCUGGCCGAUGACGAUCAGGCGGAGAUGAUCGAGCGGCGCGAGAAAGGAGAUGCUCCGAAGCCGGCGAGUUUGACCAAGCCGCCGGGCGCGACGAAGAAGAAAGGCCGCCGCCAAGAGGAAAGCGGCCGGUCGGCGACGGUGUCAGUCUCGACGAAGAUGUACCACCGAGGGGCGAAGGCAACUUUGAUGAUAAACAGGCCUCGGGUACGGGCGACGCCGGUCGCAGCGGAAGCCGACGCGAAGGGGACGAAAAAGCGACGCGGCGGCGCCACGGGCAAGAAGGCCAAGAGCAUGAAGCAGCGUCUCGCUAUCGCAGAUGGACAGGUGGACGGAUAG